CAAAAACAAGCUUCUAUAUUCGAACCUGGACCCUUUUGCGGCCAUGGCUCAUCUCGUGGACAAGCAAGUUGCGGGUCGGGUGGUACUUCAACCGGCACCCACUCUUGAGUCAAGGCCUCGAGUAAGCUACUCGUUUCACGACUUGGUGAAGCUUGAGAAAUCUGAAAAGGUGGAGCUUGCACGUCAGCAGUCUGAUGGAGACAAAAGAAGACACCCUCAGAGGAGCCGCUCUGGGUCGAGACCAAGCCUUAAAGCGAGUGAGGCUUGGCCAAGAGACUACAGCCCUGGGCGGCCAUCACCGUCGCUCUCGGGCAGUCGGGCUUCAUCAGCCUUUCACCACUGGUCUUUCCCCGAGUUUCUCGAGGCCAGAGCUGAAGAUCAGAGUCGAGAAAGGGAGGUCCAAGAAUCUUUCCUGAUCUCCUUCGACAAGACGCACUCAACUUUUCACCUGAAGGCUGGCACGUCGCAUUAUGCCUUUUGUGUGGACCAAUACGGUGCUUUGGAACAUUUGCACUAUGGCAACUGGGUCGGCAUGCAUGACUUCACCUUUCUAUCGGAGACUGAUCCGGCCUUGACAUUCGAGCCUGCACCAGCUGGUACACAGUACUCCAUGGGAGAGCUGCUCCGCAUGGUUGAGGAUGAGGAUGACAUCGAUCCUCAGCAGCUGUGGAGUCUGGCCACAAAUAUGAAGAGUGAACGUGGCGGAGAUUGGCACAUGGCAAGGGUGGAAAAUCUUACCUGGCGCUUGCGCAACAUGUGGAGCAAGAAUGGCCAGGAGGCGAAGAACAUAGGUGCAGCACAAAGGUUGCUUCAAUUCCUCGAGAAGUCCUCCGUGCCGUUGAAGAAGGCGCCUGAGGAAAUGCGAGCACCUGAAGGACUGCAAUCUGUUGGAGGUCGACAAGGAUUGAAAGGCUCACAACUUUUGGAGGUCUCAGAGUUUGGCACUGGCGACUUCCGCACACCUAGCAUGGACGUUUGCUUCCGCAAGGACGGAUCUCGCCUUCUACCCCUAGUGUACAAACACCACAGGGUCAUCGAUGGCAUUUUGCCCUCGACUUCUGGACUGCCAUUCUUGGGCAGACACAACUCUCAGGGAGCACAAAGCUUGGUGGUCGACAUGGUGGACACAUACACUGAAGUGCAGGUCCAGCUGGUCUACACGGUUUUUCCAUCAAUUUCAGCUGUGAGCCGGCGGAUGGUGGUGAAGAACAGUUCCAAAGUUGGAUUGGGCGGUGUUGAUCUGAUGAAGUGCAUGUCGGCCACUUUUGAUUUCAGCACAGAUGAUUGGCACUUGCUCUCCUUGCAUGGCGGCUGGGCAAAUGAACGGCACAUCAACACUCGGAGGAUACAAGAGGGCAUGAUCCAUUUGGGCAGCAAUCGUGGAGUCUCAUCACACCAGAUGAAUCCUUUUUGCGUGCUGUCAUCAGGUCCUCCAGCCGAAGACCACGGGCAGUGCUUUGGUUUUUGUUUGCUUUACUCGGGCAACUGGCUCAUGGAGGUCGAGCAGAGCCAAACCGGAUGUGUGCGGGUCAAUGUUGGACUCAGCAACACCCAUUUCAGCUGGGCCUUGGGCAAUCAAGAGAGCUUCGAGACGCCAGAGUGUGUUUGCGUGUUCUCAGAUGCAGGCCUUGGGAAGAUGACCCGCACUUUCCAGCACCUCAUUGGGGAGAGGCUGAUCGCUCCGCGCUGGCACGAUCUCGUUUGCCCAGUGCUCAUCAACACGUGGGAGGCGCUCUACUUCGAGGUUUACCACGACAAAAUCCUGGAAUUCGCCAAACCUGCAAUUGAGGCCGGGGUUGAACUACUAGUUCUGGACGAUGGCUGGUUUGGCAAGCGCGAUGAUGAUACAACAUCUUUGGGUGAUUGGGUAGAAGACCCUCGGAAGCUUCCACGAGGCUUGAAGGGCUUAGCACAGGAUGUCAAUGCCAUGGGACUGAAGCUUGGAAUUUGGGUUGAGCCUGAGAUGGUAAACCAGGACAGCCAACUGUACAGGUCGCAUCCCGAAUGGGUCCUUCAUCAUCCUGGAAGACUGCGAUCCGAGGGCAGGAAUCAGCUGGUUCUAGAUCUAACACGUCGAGAAGUGCAGGACUACAUCAUUGAUUGUGUUAGUCAAAUCCUAAGCUCUGCCAACAUCGAAUACAUUAAGUGGGACAUGAACCGCGCUUUGACAGAUGCAUUUUCUGCAGCUUUGCCGCCGCAGCAACAGGGCGAGGUCUAUCAUCGAUACGUUUUAGGACUCUACCGGAUUUUCGAGGUUCUGACCUCAAGCUUUCCCCAUGUACUCUUCGAGAGUUGCGCGUCUGGAGGUGGUCGUUUUGAUGCAGCCCUACUGGCCUGGUGUCCCCAGGCCUGGUGCUCUGACAAUUCUGACGCCUUCUCACGAACACGCAUCCAGAUGGGCACUUCCAUGUGGGCCCCAGUGCGGUGUAUGGGCGCUCACAUCGCGGCGUGUCCCAGCCAUCAAACUCACAGGACGCAUAUGUUGAAGACCCGCUUCAUUGUUGCCCUUUGGGGCACCUUUGGCUUGGAGCUGGACCUCAACAAGCUCUCGAGAGAGGAGCUGAAAGAGAUGAAGGAGCUGGUAGCCUUGCGAGGAAAGCUUUGCCAGGUUGUACUGCAUGGAGAAUAUUUCCGUCUUCCAGGCUUCGGAUAUCCUGGAGCCUCUCAUUCGAACUCAGCUGGUAUUGGUGACUCCCACGUGUAUGCCUGGAUGUUUGUCACGCCAGAGAAGGAUAGAGCUGUGGUCAGCGCCAUUGUCUUUCACAGAGACACAGUGGGGAAGUUUCCCUCGCGGUUGAAGCUACAAGGCUUGAGGCCGGACUAUUUGUACUCGCUCAUCGAGCAUGUGCCAACCACUGUCGAAGAAGGCGUCUUCAACGGCAUUUUUCAGCCAGGUGGCCCUCAAUUCAAGCACCGGAGGCGGUUGAUGCUCACGGGAGCUGUUCUGAUGGAAGUGGGCAUCCCUGUGCACUUUAACUUCGAUGGAGACGCCAUGCUUUUAGAGUUGGAGGUGGGAGGCCCUUCACAAGAACCAAAAGAGUCCAACGGAGUGCAUGUCCUUGCGAGCUAAAAAUAGAGCUGAAAGCAGCCAAAGGAGCCAGUCGUAGAGUUGCACCAGGUCAGCUCUAUCAUACAGCGAGAGAGAGAGAGAGAGAGAAAAAAAAGAGAGAGAAGAAGAGUAGAUUUCUGGCACUGCAUAAAAAUGAUGAAAGAUGUAACUAUAUACAGUAUUCACUAUAUCCAC